AUGGCGCAGGCGCCUUUGCCCAUGGAUAAGCCGCAAAUCGCGGAGAGCGCGCUUGAAAAGUCUGGAUCGUCGAAGUCGAAUUAUAAGGGUUUUGUGGCCGGUGUGUUUUCGGGUAUUGCGAAGCUGAGUGUUGGACAUCCAUUCGAUACGAUCAAAGUUCGCUUGCAGACAAGUAAAGAUACACAAUUCCGCGGACCAUUGGACUGCACUUUGCAGACGUUACGGAAUGAGGGAUUGAGGGGAUUCUAUAAGGGUGCGACGCCACCGCUGGUCGGAUGGAUGAUUAUGGAUUCUGUUAUGCUGGGAUCAUUAACGCUAUACCGCCGCCUACUCCUUGAGAAUGUCUUCUCGCGACCCAGUAUUCGCCAAUAUACGCCGUUCGGUGGACGCCAGGACCUGACGGUUCUUCCGAGCUUUGGUCACGGUAUUGCGGGUAUCAUGGCGGGCACAACGGUCAGCUUCAUUGCUGCCCCCGUUGAACACAUCAAGGCUCGACUACAGGUCCAGUAUGCAGCGGAUAAGACCAAGCGCAUGUACAGCGGGCCUAUUGAUUGCCUGGUCAAGAUGCUCCGCUCGCAUGGCAUUGCAGGUGUUUACCGUGGACUUUGGGCCACUGUCUUUUUCCGAUCCUUCUUUUUCUUCUGGUGGAGCUCCUACGAUGUUCUUACUCGAGUCUUCAAAGAGAAGACAAGCAUGUCUGCUCCCGCCAUUAACUUCUGGGCUGGCGGCAUCUCCGCACAGUGCUUCUGGCUCACUUCUUACCCCUCAGACGUUGUAAAGCAGCGUCUGAUGACGGAUCCCAUGGGUGGAUCACUGAACGACGGCCAACGACAGUUCCGCGGCUGGAAAGACGCCGCGGUUGCCGUCUGGCGUGAACGCGGGCUCAAGGGAUACUGGCGCGGCUUUGUGCCCUGCUUCUUGAGGGCAUUCCCGGCGAAUGCGAUGGCUCUUGUUGCCUUUGAGGGUGUGAUGCGCUCCCUACCCUAG